AUGCUGGCAUUCGUGGAUCUGGAGGAGCGAGUCCCACAGGACCAUCCCAUCCGCACCAUCAAGAUCAUUGCCGACGAGGCCUUGGAGCGUCUGUCGCCGGAGUUUGAUCAGAUGUACUCAAAGGUGGGCCGAGCGUCCGUCCCGCCGGAGCGACUGCUGAAGGCAUCGUUGCUCAUCUCCCUCUACUCGGUGCGCAGUGAGCGAGCGUUCUGCGAGGAGUUGGAAUACAACCUUCUGUUCCGCUGGUUCCUUGACAUGAACCUGAUGGAGCGCAGCUUCGACCCUACGGUGUUCACGAAGAACCGGCGGCGGCUAUUGGAGCACAGGAUAGGCCAGGCACUGUUCGACCAGGUGGUAGUGGAGGCAGACCGUCAGAAGUUGCUGUCGGACGAGCAUUUCAGUGUGGACGGGACGCUGAUAGAGGCUGCGGCGAGCAUCAAGAGCUUCAGACGGCGAGAUGAGGAACAGCAGCCGCCCGAUGAUGACCCCGGCAACCCGUCGGUGGACUUUCGUGGAGAGCGCAGGAGCAACGAGACGCAUCAGAGCAGUACGGACCCUGAGGCACGGCUGAUGCGCAAGGGCAAGGGGAAGGAGGCCAAGCUGGUGUUCAUGGGACACGCACUGAUGGAGAACGGCAACGGGCCUGCUGACUGGACUUCGUAG